UUUUCAGUAUGUUUCAAUAAAGGCUGCAGAUAUAAUUUUAUAAUUGAAUACAUCCAUUUGUCAUGUCAAAGUGUGUCAUUUCCUCGAUUACCUUUACGUGAUUUUUGGAAGCAAGUCAUCGCAUGGCCCUGAGCUUUCCCGUUUGGCGAAGGCGGUGAGCCACUUAAGACCCCUCCCCUCUCUAUAGUGGGGCAAAACGACCAGCGUGGAGGUGGAGGGAAACGUCCCGCAACGGUCCAGCACGGACAUCUUCUUACUCUGUUGACAGGAUCUGAGGCACAGUUUAGAUAUCUCCUUAUAGCAGACAUAGCAAUGGCUUCCGUUAGAGAUCUGCCCAAUUACGCCAGUCUUCCUGAAGCUCAAACCAAAGCAUAUGCCGAAUCACUCGACAGCCAAGAUCCAUUGCAGCAUCUAAGAGACGAAUUUAUCAUCCCCACAAUAGAAGAUUUACAAAGAGAUACCAUUUCAAGAGAAGGCAUAAACAAGGACAGCCCCAAGAGCAUCUACCUCUGUGGCAAUUCCCUGGGCUUACAACCACGUCUGACCUCUGAACGCAUUCGAGCAUACUUGGACCAAUGGAGCACAAAGGGCGUCUUUGGGCAUUUCAAGCUCCUCAAAGAAUCCUCGGAACUUCCACCAUGGGUGGACAUUGACGAUGCCGCAGCAGCAAAAAUGGCUGGCAUCGUUGGCGCUGCCCCCAACGAAGUCGCUGUUAUGGGAACGUUGACGGCAAACUUACACCUGGCCAUGGCAAGCUUCUAUCGUCCUACCAAGGAACGAUGGAAGAUCAUCCUGGAGGGCAGGGCCUUUCCUAGCGAUCAUUACGCGGUAGAAUCUCAAAUUCGUCACCACAACUUCAAUGUAGACGACUCCAUGCUCUUGAUUGAGCCUGACUCUGCCGAGCAUCCCACCCUGAGCACCGAAAAAAUACUCUCUAUAAUUGACCGACAUGCUUCAACGACAGCAUUAUUACUCUUGCCCGGAAUACAGUAUUAUACGGGGCAAUACUUUGACAUUCCUCUCAUCACUGCUCAUGCACACUCAAAAGGCAUCAUGGUAGGAUGGGAUCUCGCACAUGCAGUUGGCAACGUCGACGUGAGACUACACGACUGGAACGUCGAUUUCGCCGUGUGGUGUAACUACAAGUACAUGAACUCCGGACCAGGCGCGAUUGCAGGAAUGUUUGUGCACGAAAAGCAUGGAAAAGUAGACAUGGAACAGCUGCAGAGCGGUCAAGGUGGCUAUCGGCCCAGACUGACUGGAUGGUGGGGCGGUGACAAGUCCAUCCGGUUCAAAAUGGCCAACAGAUUCGUCCCCAUCCCCGGCGCAGCAGGCUUCCAAGUCUCCAACCCAUCCGCACUUGACCUGACAUCUGUCCUCGCAUCUCUCGAAAUCUUCCACAAAACAACCAUGAAAGACCUACGGGCCAAAUCCAUCAAGUUGACAGGCUACUUGGAAUACCUCCUCAACCAAGCCUGCAGCUCAUUAUUAAGCGAAAACGAAAAAGACACAUCCUCCAUCAAGUCGGCACUACCUUUCAGCAUAAUCACACCCACGGAUCCCCAUUUUCGAGGCGCACAGCUCAGCGUCCGCUUGUCCCCCGAUAUGCUCGAGCUGGUCAUGGUCGAGCUUGAAAAGCAUGGUGUCGUCGUGGACGAGCGCCGGCCCGAUGUCAUUCGCGUGGCGCCCACGCCAUUGUAUAACACAUUUACAGACGUGUGGAAUUUCGUGCACAUUUUCCAAGAUGCUUGCAGUCAUGCACAAACACAGCUCGGCGACGGCAGAGAUCCUGCGGACGUGGGAAAAGAUGGCACGUUGAUGCGGGAUACGGAGGACCAAAAAGGCUGGAAGGAGAUUAAGUAACAAGCAACCCAGAAAGAAAAAGUUUAUACCUAUAGCUAUCAUGUUUUCUUCUUAGCAUAGAUGGUCAGAGGAAAAGAAAUAAGUUCUAUAACAGACCAGGGUAUGAGCUGCACAAGUCGCUGCCUUUUUUGGGCAAUUUUUGUAUAUAUCUACAGCCGAUGACGAGGAUGUGCAAUCUACGAUACUU